AUUGAAAAAAUAAUUUCUUUUAAAAAAAGGGGUCAGUAUGAACCAAGUGAUUGGGUUUCCACAGCAACCGCUAAUCACAUUUCAGCCACACAGAAUUCCUAUCCCUUCUACGAAGUUAGUUGAGUCAUCAUCGCCGAUGGAACAGUCGAAGCACGUGGUUGUCUGUGGCGGCGGAGUGAUAGGAGUGUGCACCGCUUAUUUCCUCGCGAAGAAGGGCGCCGCCGUCACACUCAUCGAGAUGUCCGACGUGGCAUGCGCCGCUUCCGGAAAAGCCGGCGGCUUCCUCGCCCUGGAUUGGUGCGACGGAGGGCCGUUGGAGGCGUUGGCUCGGGCGAGCUUCAAUCUCCACCGUUCACUCUCUCAAGAACUGAACGGUCCUCAAUCCUACGGUUACAGAGCUCUAACCACUCUGAGCCUCACGGUUUCGUAAUUCGAAGGCUCUGCUGCUAACUCCUCCACCUUGCCGUCUUGGGUGGAUGGACCAGCUCGUAGUGCCAGAACCAUUGGAACAUUUGAAACGACGGCGCAGGUCCACCCGCAGCUCUUCACUCGUACCCUCAUUGAUAGAGCCGUGGAGAAGCAUGGGGUGAAGCUCGUGAUUGCGUAGUUGGAACGGUUGAAUGUUGAAGAAGGGAGAGUUGGAUCGGUAGUUCUCGAAGGAGGGGAAGUUUUGGACGCUGAUGCUGUUGUUUUAGCAUUGGGCCCUUGGUCCAGUAAGUUAAGGUUGUUGUCAUCGUUUUUUAGAGUUUAUGGGCUUAAGGCCCAUAGUGUUGUUUUGGAGCCCAGAGAGCCCAGUGCCAUAACCCCACAUGCUUUGUUUCUGAGUUACUAUACGUCCAAACGAGGAACACCUCUGGACCCAGAAGUGUAUCCUCGGCCCACAGGGGAGGUGUAUGUGUGUGGGAUGUCGAAGGAGGAAGAGGUACCGAAUGAUCCUGAGGAGAUAAGGGGUAACCCUGAAUCGAUUGGGAUGCUGAAGAGAGUGGCUAAGACUGUGUCAAGCCAUCUUGGGGAAGGGGAAGGAGAGGCACGUGUGAAGGCAGAGCAAGCGUGCUUCUUGCCUUGUACAGAUGAUGGGGUGCCUGUAAUAGGAGAGGUUCCUGGGGUGAAGGGCUGUUAUGUGGCCACUGGGCACAAUUGUUGGGGUAUUCUCAAUGGUCCUGCCACUGGAGCUGCCUUGGCUGAGCUUGUAGUCGAUGGCCAUUCCACCAUUGUUGAUCUUAAGCGGUUUAGUCCUGCUAGAUUCGUUCGCCAUGGCAAGUAGCAUGACUGAAGACACUGUUGCAUGCUAUGUUCAAACAUUGUACAGAGGAGGAAUGAUUAAUUAAUUGGUAAUUUGAGCUGCAUUCUGUGAGUCGUCACUUUUUAAUGAGUCUCAAAUAAUUAUGGGAUCAGUAGACAAAAGUAUAGUAACUACUCGGCCAAGGUCAUUCGUGUAGUUGGAGUCCCAUUCAAAACACUCUUUUCCUGAUUUGCUGAGACCUGCAUUUGCGUCCCAUCAUUUUUAUGACCAAUUUUGUACGAUAAAAGUGCCCCCUUUACAAGUUUCAAAAACA